AUGUCUUUACUUUCACGGUUCGGUAGGUCGAUGCGUGGUGCUUUGCCCGAGCGAGUCCUCGUGGCGGUAUCGGGUGGCGUUGAUUCCAUGGUGCUGCUGGACUUGACUCGCAAAUGGGCUGAGGUUACGGGCAGUCCGUGUCGCAUCCAUGCCAUAACUGUGGAUCACGGUUUGCGCCCUGAAAGCGCAAAAGAGGCAAGAAAGGUCCACGAGAUCGUGCGCAACAUGGGUUUAGAUCAUGAGAUUAUCUGUGUUCCUGAAAAGAUUGACCCCAAACAGCUGGAAAAAAGUGCAAGAGCAUGGAGAUACAAAUUGAUGUACAAUAAAAUGAAACUGCUCCACAUAGACAAUUUGAUGGUGGCACACCAUUUCAACGACCAGCUAGAAACGUUUAUGAUUCGUCUGGCCGCUAACUCGACGCUUUUUGGUCUCUGUGGGAUGCGCAACGUGUCUGCUUAUCCUAUUCUCGAUCCAUUUGGUAGCAAGCGUAUAUUACGGCCCAUGUUGGAUAUCCGCAAAAAGGAGCUCUACGCAUAUGCAUACGAGCAUAAUCUGGAGUGGUUUGAGGAUUCUACAAAUCUUCAGCCAAUUACGUUGCGAAAUAGAAUCCGCAAAUACUUGCAAACGGGACAGAUAGAGGAGAAUACUGUGGAGCAGCUGCUCUCUAGCGUACGCCGAGCAGUGGACGACGUUGAGAGCGAUAUGCGACAACUAGAUAAUGAGAUCUCAGUGAAAUUCAACACUAGUCUUCUAAAGAUGUCGGUCAUCAUACCAUCGACCGUUUUCGAGCGCUAUCCGCUGCUGUCUCUUGACAGGUUUAUAUUUGAAAAACUCCACUGCGUGUCGGCCAUUUCUAACUAUCACCAUCGCUACACGACUAUCGAUUUGAAAAACGCUACCGUUCGCACAAACGACUGGUCGCUCUCGGAGUCGAUCUGGGACGGGACGGUGCCUGAAAAGUUCAAUGUUCUCAAAUGUCUGGUGAGAGUGGUGCGCUCUAAAAAUAAUAUCCAUCUUCUGAUCACCCGAGCGACUGAAAAAUUCAGACAGCCGGUCGAACGUGUCGUGAAUGUCACCGCGUCGUGGUCGGAAUGGGAUUUGUUCGAUAACAGGGUGUGGUUUCGAGCGAGAGGCAAGCCAGGGUCCUAUACCCUUAAAGUGGAAGCCAACGGACUGCCUGCCUUUUAUCACGGAGGACAAUUCUUGUGCUAUCCAACCAUUGGUGGCUGUGGCAGUUUGGAAGUCCAGACUAUGACGAAACCAAUGCGUGUAAUGCAAACGUAA